AUGCGGCUGCUCGCGCGGACUGUCCGCGCAGCGCAAGGGCUGCGCGCGGCCCCGCCCCCCGCCAGGAGCUGCCGCGGGGCCGCCGCCGGGGCCGCUGUGUGCGGGGGACGUGCCGCGCAGGAGCCGCGGCGCCCGCUGAGCUCCUGGCCCGGCCUGGAGACGCUGUUCGCCGCCCCCGCGCUGCGCCGCUUCCUAGAGGAGCAGGCGGGGGUUCGGGGCGGCCCCGAGCUGCGAGCGCGGAUACAGCGGCUGUGGGCAAAGGAGCAGGAGCUGCGGGACACGCAAGAACUAGCACGAGCAGAUGAGAAUGAAGAUUUGCAGAAGCUUGCAGAAGAGGAAAUAGUUUCCUGUCAGGAAGAGAUAACUGAAUUGAAGCGCCAGAUAGUAUUGCAUUUGAUUCCUUCAGAAGAAAUAGACAACAGUGAUUUGGUCAUGGAAGUAACUGCUGGAGUUGGUGGACAGGAAGCCAUGCUGUUCACUGCAGAGAUAUUUGAUAUGUAUCAACAAUAUGCUGCAUAUAAAAACUGGAGAUUUGAAAUACUGGAAUAUUUUCCAAGUGAAAUAGGUGGCCUGAGACAUGCAGCUGCCAGUAUAGCAGGUCUUGAAGCAUACAAGCAUAUGAAGUUUGAAGGAGGAGUGCACCGUGUUCAGCGAGUGCCAAAGACAGAAAAGCAAGGCCGUAUUCACACUAGUACAAUGACUAUUGCACUAUUACCCCAACCCAUGGAGAUCAAUCUGAUAAUUAAUCCUAAAGAUUUACAAAUUGAAACUAAGCGAGCCAGUGGAGCUGGGGGCCAGCAUGUAAAUACAACUGACAGUGCUGUACGGAUAGUUCAUAUUCCAACAGGUGUAGUGUCUGAAUGUCAACAAGAGAGAUCUCAAAUCAGAAAUAAAGAGAAGGCUAUGCAAAUGCUUCGUGCUAAACUAUACAGCAUCAAACUAGAAGAAGAGACAAGAAAGAGAUACAAUGCCAGAAAGAUUCAGAUUGGGACCAAAGGAAGAUCUGAGAAGAUCAGAACAUACAACUUUCCACAGGAUCGUGUAACUGACCACAGGAUAAACAGAACAGUGCAUCAUAUUGAAAGUUUUAUGUUAGGGGAAGAACUGCUAGAUGAAAUGAUAACAUCCCUGAGGGAAUAUGCGGAUUAUGAAACUUUAAUGGAAAUUAUUUCAGAAAAUGUAAAAACAAAUCUCACGUGAACGUUGUUCUUUGCUAAGCCCUGUAAUGACAGAUAUGGCUACUCUGACACAAAUUAGCAGCAUGGUUGUUUGCUGGAGCAUCACACAGGAGGUGUAAACUGCAAUUCAGAGCAUCAAAAAGCAUUAAUUUAUCUCUUCAUGACCGAUAAACAGUUUUUCCUACUUGCUGGAGUAAAAGACUAUAGACUCUUGUAUGAGAUGACUACAGUGUAGAAAAUCUAAAGUAAAUAUUAUUGCAUUUGAA